UCCGCCGCCGUCUGAUGAGCCGCGGCCCCGCUGCACCGGGCAGCCGCCGCCCGCCGCCCCGCCGCGCCCCGCCGCCGCCCGCCAGCAUGUACCUGCACCCGGAGGCUGCCAGCGCAGGGACCCCCUCCCGCGACGUCCUCCUGGUCUCAGCCAUCAUCACCGUCAGCCUUAGCGUCACCAUCGUCCUCUGCGGGAUCUGCCAGUGGUGCCAGCGGAAAAUGGGAAAGCGUUACAAGACUUCCCUGGAGACUGUGGGAACUCCGGAUUCCAGCCGAGGCCGCAGCGAAAAGAAAACCAUCAACGAUCUAGACAGAGACUUUUGGAAUAACAAUGACAACACAGUGCAGCAGAAAUGGAGCUCCUACCCUCCCAAGGAGUUUAUCCUAAACAUUUCUCCUUACGCUCCGUACGGUGAUCCGCGCCUUUCCCUCAAUGGCUCUCUGUUAUCAGGGGCCAAACUGACGGCGUCGGCCGCCGCCGGGCUGUCCGGGGACCGCGACGGCCGGCCCGGGGACAAGCAGCGGCUCGGCGAGGAUGGAAUGAGGAGCAGCGUGUCCGCCCACAGCGAGCCCGGAGCUGGAAAGGCGGCACGGGGCCGCUGGCACACGGUGCAGAGCCACUUGGCCGCAGGGAAGCUCAGCCUGUCCAAUUUCGAGGACUCCACCCUGUCCACAGCCACUACCCUUGAGUAUAUCCCCACCUCAGCAGGCGAUCCCAAAUUCCAGAGGCCCCGCACGCUCGUGCGCCAGCAAAGUCUGCAGCAGCCCCUGAGCCAGCACCAGCGCGCCAACCACAGCCAGCCCACCACCAGCCAGAGCCUGGGCCACCUCCAGGCCCACAGCGGCUCCUCCGCCGCCGCCGCCAACUCCCGGGGCUCCCGCGGCGGCGGCCCGGCGCGCCAGGGCACGGCCGCCGGCUCCAAGCAACGGAUGGCCGGGGGCAGGAGCCGCUCCAACCCCGGCAGCUGGGACCACGUGGUGGGGCAAAUCCGCAACCGCGGCUUGGACAUGAAGUCCUUCCUGGAAGGCCGGAUGGUGGUGCUAUCCCUGGUUCUGGGACUCUCAGAGCAAGAUGACUUUGCCAAUAUUCCCGACCUGCAACCCGCUGGGACGCAGCCGAACCAGGCGAACGCUCAGGGGGACAAGAGGUUGCCGGCUGCUGGGAAGGCUGGGAAUGCGGCACCGGCACCGGGGCAGCCGCCGCACGAUGAGUCCGACCGCAAGACGGAGCCGCACUCCUCCGUCUCCGACCUGGUCAACUCCCUGACCAGCGAGAUGCUCAUGCUCUCCCCGGGCUCCGAGGAUGACGAGGGCCACGAAGGCGUCAGCCGGGAGAACCUGGGCCGCAUCCAGUUCAGCGUCGGCUACAACUUCCAGGAGUCCACCCUGACCGUGAAGAUCAUGAAGGCGCAGGAGCUGCCGGCCAAGGACUUCAGCGGCACCAGCGACCCCUUCGUCAAGAUCUACCUGCUCCCCGACAAGAAGCACAAGCUGGAGACCAAGGUCAAGAGGAAGAACCUCAACCCGCACUGGAAUGAGACCUUCCUCUUUGAAGGGUUCCCCUAUGAGAAGGUGGUGCAGCGGGUGCUGUACCUCCAGGUCCUGGACUACGACCGCUUCAGCCGCAAUGAUCCCAUUGGAGAGGUGUCCAUCCCUCUCAACAAGGUGGACCUGACCCAGAUGCAGACCUUCUGGAAGGACCUGAAGCCCUGCAGUGAUGGCAGUGGAAGCCGCAGGGAGCUGCUGCUGUCACUGUGCUACAAUCCCUCAGCCAAUUCCAUCGUGGUAAACAUCAUCAAGGCAAGGAACCUCAAAGCCAUGGACAUCGGGGGCACCUCAGAUCCCUACGUGAAGGUGUGGCUGAUGUACAAGGACAAGCGGGUGGAGAAGAAGAAGACGGUGGUGAUGAAGAGGUGCCUGAACCCCGUCUUCAACGAGUCCUUCGCCUUCGACAUCCCCACGGAGCGGCUGCGCGAGACCACCAUCGUCAUCACUGUCAUGGACAAGGACAGGCUGAGCCGCAAUGACGUCAUUGGCAAGAUUUACCUGUCCUGGAAGAGCGGUCCCGGCGAGGUGAAGCACUGGAAGGACAUGAUCGCCCGCCCGCGGCAGGCGGUGGCACAGUGGCACCAGCUGAAGGCCUGAGCGCCCCCGGACCGUGGGCUCGGGGUCCCCCUUCCCAGCUCCCAGCCCCUUCCCGCGGCGCUCCCGGCCAGGGGCCGGCGGGACAGCGGCCUGGCUCGCGGGAACCCUGCGGGAGGACGGGGACGGAGCCCCCCCGAGCCCCCGGGUUCGCCUCUCCCUGGGGUGCGGGGGGUGCGGAGCCGCCCCCAGCCCCGGCCGAGGAGGUGCCAGAAGCGAUGUCCCCCCCAUCCCUAUUCCCACCACCGGGCAGGACUUCUGCGAGUGCUUCCAGCCCCGCUCCCGGAGCCCCUCGGCCCCUCCCCGGCCUCGCCCCCCCCUCCAUUUCAGGGGGUCAGGCUGCGGGUGCAAGAGGGACCCUCCUCCCUCCCCUUUCAGCUCCAUAAAACCUCUCGGAGCCGCCAGCGGAGCCACGGAGCCCCCCUGCCCCACCUCCUCCCCCCGCGCCCCCCUCGAGUCUCCCGGGGCGGGCGGGGGACACCGAGGGGAGGGGACAGCCCCUUUUCCUGGGAUCGGAAGCCAUGACACAGUUCCUUAUCCAAAGCGGGCUCCUUCGUGCACUGCCUUCAGCCGGGUUCGAUGCUUUACCUCCGUCUUGGGUUUCGGCGGGAGCGGGGGGGCCCUAAGCCGCCCUGGGGACCCCGGUCCUGCCCUCCCCCCCAGCCCGGGCUGGAAGGGGCCCCUCGGGGGAAUGCAGAGCUCCACAGGGUCCCCUUCCAGCCGGGCUGAUGCGGGCGCCGGGGCUGCCCCGGGAGCUCCGUGCCCACCCCUGGGGAUAAAGGGUGGAGCGAGCGCUGUUGUCCCCAUCGAGGGCAGGUGACAUUCCCUGGGCUGGUGGCAUUCCUUGGGACAGCCAGCCUGGCAGGAUCAGUGCCAGCAGCAGCAUCCCCACGGAGCCCUGGGAUGCACACGCCAGACCCCUUCCCACUCCACUCCCUGGGACCCCCAAAAACAGGGACAGACCCACCUGGGAGCCCCCCCCUCAGGGGUGACAAGGGGGUCGGUGGUGGCUCUCCGUGGCAGACACCAGAUCAUCCUCAGUCUUCCUGCUCCCCCCGUGGCAACCUUGGCUCCCAGCAGCUCCCACAGCCCCAAUUUAGACAAUUUUGGACAAUCUGGAGAGAAGUCAUAAUACUGCUAUUACAGUAAUAACAACGCUUUUAGGGACAUUUGUAUUUUUGUCAUAUUCUCUCUUUUUUUAACAUAAAAGAAGAGACUUACAUGCCUGGGGAAGAGGUGGCAGGGCCAGGGCUGUGCCAAGCCGGGUGCCCCCCACAGCCCCUCGGGCACCCCGCUUUUCCAGGCUGGAUUCCUCGUCCGCGGUCGGGCUCCCCGGGGGUUUGUGUGUUCAUUUUUAACUCUAGAGCUCGUAGCCGUGAUCUUGUUCAGGUUCUCUCUUCUUCAUGUGACGGUAACAUCCAACUGGUGUGUAAAAUAAAGAAAAACAGGACAAAAAAAUUUAAAAAAAAUUUUAAAAAAGGGAAAAAAAAAAGAUAAAAAAUCCAAUAAAGAGCCUGGCCCAGCCUGGCUGAGGAGCGGCUGGAGCGGGGGGUGCCCGGCUGGCGAUGCCAAGGAUGGGGCGCACGGGUCAGGGCAUCUCCUUUGAAGAAUCCUAUUUUUGGGGAGUGGGGCCCCUCGUUUUCUGGAGGCAGCCCCUGCUCUCAGUAAUAAAGGACAGUCAG